UUGAAUUCACCGCGUAGUUAUAUGAUGGCUCAAAUCCUAAUCGAAACCAUAAAAUGCCCAUAAAUUUUGACUCAGUGUAAUGAUUUUCGCACUCUCUCUCUAGCCUCAUCGUUCGUUAAUGCCGGCGCAGAUCCCAACCUGCAAUCACCCAUUUCCGAUCGAGAUCCCCCCUAAUUUAGCUGCGAGCUCUGAAAUUGGCUUCUCGCCCAUUCAUCAGAUCAAAUCCAAAAACAUGGGGGAUUCGUUUCGAGGGAGAUCGUUCGUUGUCGCAUUUGUCCUAUUCGUAACCCUCUCCGUUCCUCUAAUUUCAGCUGAGGAGAGUGGAAUCGACGAGUCGGCUACUGGAAUUAAGGAUCUGGGCCGGCGUAGUAAAAUGCAUUGGAUGGAGAAACUCAAGGCGGGUGACAGCGAAAACAACGAUCCUGAUUCUUAUGGCGUGGAUGUGGACUCUGGUCUUGGAGUCUUUGAUGCUUUCUUUGCAAGUUUGUCGAUGAUACUCGUCAGUGAGAUUGGAGAUGAAACGUUCAUCAUUGCAGCUCUCAUGGCUAUGCGGCACCCUAAGGCGAUUGUUCUAUCAGGUGCACUCAGUGCCUUGUUUGUGAUGACGAUACUUUCAACCGGUCUUGGUAGGAUUGUUCCAAAUCUGAUAUCGAGGAAGCAUACCAAUAGUGCAGCAACAGUUCUUUAUGCCUUUUUUGGUCUCCGAUUACUUUACAUUGCGUGGAAAUCUGACCCAAAAGCUUCCCAGAAGAAAGAAAUUGAGGAAGUAGAAGAGAAACUUGAAGCUGGACAAGGGAAGACGACUUGGCGACGUUUCUUUUCUAGAUUUUGUACACCAAUCUAUCUAGAGUCAUUUAUAUUGACAUUUUUGGCAGAGUGGGGUGACCGCAGCCAGAUAGCAACAAUUGCUCUAGCAACACAUAAGAAUGCAGUGGGAGUUGCUGUAGGAGCUACCAUAGGGCACACCAUUUGUACGUCCGUAGCAGUGAUUGGUGGAAGUAUGCUGGCUUCGAGGAUCUCACAGCGCACUGUUGCUACAGUCGGGGGCUUGCUUUUCCUGGGCUUUUCCGUGUCCUCAUACUUCUACCCUCCUCUAUACUACUCUUCAUUCCCUUCUCCUCCCUCCAAUCCACGCCCAUAUCACUCCUCACUCAUCAAGAGCGGCACUAUCCAUUUUCCCCACGUGGCCAACCAUCUCCUAAAGCUCUACCUCAACCACCUCGAUUUCGAGCAUGCCCGCAACCUGUUCGACGAAAUUCCCGAACGAGAUGUCAGAACCUGGACCCUUCUCAUCUCCGCCUUAUCCAAAUCCGGCCACCACAGCAUUGCUUUGGAUCACUUCGCCGCAAUGCAAAGAGAGGGAGCCGUCGCCGCCAACGCCUUCACCUUGUCGAGCGUGCUCAAGUGCUGCGCCUCCCUUUGCCACGGCCUCCGGGCUGGCAAGGCAGUUCAUGGCUGGAUAAUCACGAAUGACAUCGAUGUGGACGUCGCGUUGGAAAAUGCGGUUCUUGAUUUUUACGCGAAGUUUCGUCUCUUUAGUUGGAUGGAGAGAUUCUUUGAAUCCAUGGAUGAAAGAGAUUCCACUUCUUGGAAUAUAGUCAUGGCUGCGAAGAUGAGCGAGGGUGAGGCGUGGGAGGCGCUUGAUUUAUUCCGGAGGGUGCCCGACAAGAGUUGCGCGAGCUGGAAUACGGUCAUUGAUGGGCUUCUGCAGCAGGGGUUGAAGGGGGAAGCACUUGAGCUUUUGUACCAAAUGGUUGAACUUAGAUAUCCUUUUAAUGGAGUUACCUUCUCCAUAUCGUUGGCUCUGGCGUCUUCGUUGAAGAAUUCGGAGAUGGGGAGGCAGAUCCAUGGCCGGCUGGUUAGGGCCGGGAUGGAUCAAGAUUCAUUUGUAGGCAUUUCACUUCUUGACAUGUACUGUAAGUGUAGGGAGAUGCACAGGGCUUCUGUGGUUUUUCGACGGAAGAGAGGCCGCGGUGAUUCAAUGGUUCGUUGGAGUACGAUGAUAGCUGGCUGUGUUCAAAAUGGUAUGACAGAAGAUGCAAUUAGUUAUUUUAGAUCCAUGAUUGUUGAGAAGCUCAAGAUAGAUCUGUUUACUCUGACUACCAUCCUUACUGCCUCUGCUGACCGCGCUCUUUUGGAGCUUGGCCAGCAAAUUCACGCACACACGCUGAAACUAGGGCACGGAGAAGAUGUUUGCUUGUGUUCGUCCUUAAUUGACAUGUACGCCAAAUGUGGGAAGUUAGGCAGCUCUUGGUCGUACUUCAGGGAGACGAAGACUAGAAACGUUGUGCUCUGGAGUGCAAUGAUAUCAAGCUACGCAACACACGGAUUGGGAAAUGAAGCGAUCCAGCUGUUUGAGUUGCUGCGAAAGGAAGGUAUCAAACCGAAUGAAGUGAGCUUUCUUGGCGUUCUCACUGCCUGCAGCCAUGCUGGUUUGGUAGACGACGGCUGCAGGUAUUUUAACAUGAUGAGAGACGCAUGUGGGAUCCGGCCGGGUGUUGAACAUUUUGCUUGCGUGAUAGAUCUGUUAGGCAGAGCAGGACACCUUAAGGAGACGAAGGAUUUUAUUUAUGAGAAUAAAAUUGAUCAUUUGAAAGAGGUGUGGAAAGCCUACCUAUCUUGUUGCUGGCUUCACAAGAAUGUUGAGAUGGCGAAUUGGGCGUCUGAGAAGCUGCUUGAGCUGGAUCCGAGCCAACCCGAGCCUUACCUUCUCAGCUCGAAUACUUACUCAGCUAACGAAGUGUGGGAUAAGGCGGCUAAAGUUAGGGGUUUGAUGCUGGAAAAGGAAGUGAGGAAACUUCCUGGUCAGUCUUGGAUCUAGCGAAAAGCGUCAUGACAGUGGCAUAACGCUUUUCUGUGGCGGGAUUUUGAAAAAAACGCCAUAGCCAUGGCUAUUUGUGGCAGAUUUUGAUGGCGGCAGCCAUGGGCGUGGCGCAAGAUGUUUUCGGACUUCCUCCACAUUUAAACACAAACCAUGCUACCCUAUCUAUCCGCGCCCCGGCCCCGUAGCUCAGCGCCGUCUGGUCCCUUUGAUGCGUGUGGUAUUGUAUGCGUUGAUAUAACGGAAAUUCGAUGGAUGUAACAUGAUUGCGAAGGUGGGUUUGUGAAGUGUCCAACCCCAAAAACAAAUGUUAAAUUUUGUUUGAUACGUCUGAUAUAAUUACUUGACUGGGACACUAUGCAACGAGAUUCAUUGCAACGAAAAUUCAAGAUGAAUGCUCAUGAACUAUAUAUAAUUAUAUAUA